AGAGCCGAGCCGAGGAACCACCACCAAACCCAAGGAGAAACUCGGUGCGACAGAGGUGGGGCGGCGCCGAGCCAGCGAGCGAGCGAUCCCUCCUCCACCUCCCUCUCCGCCGCCGUCGUCGCGUGAUCAUGGCCAUGGCCACCUCCAGGUUGCUCUGGGCCUCCCGCGCCGCCUCCUACCUCAAGAUCUCCACCUUCCCCAGGGCCUUCUCCACCGUGCUCAAGGAUCUGAAGUAUGCGGAAACUCAUGAAUGGGUCAAGGUUGAGGGUGAUUCGGCAACCGUUGGAAUCACAGACCAUGCCCAGGACCAUUUGGGUGAUGUUGUGUAUGUGGAGCUACCAGAAGUUGGCGCCUGUGUAACUCAGGGAAGCAACUUUGGUGCUGUUGAAAGUGUGAAGGCAACCAGUGACAUAAACUCGCCAGUAUCUGGAGAGGUCGUUGCAGUGAAUGAAGAACUUCAUGAAAAACCAGCAUUGGUCAACGGAAGUCCAUAUGAGGGCGGCUGGAUUAUCAAGGUCAAGGUCAGUGAUGCAGGUGAGCUCAACUCGCUGAUGGAUGACGAGAAGUACUCAAAAUUCUGCGAGGAAGAGGACAGCAAGCAUUGAGCAAUGUUGGUGGCUUCUAAACAUGGAGAAUCUACACUUCCUACCACCUGCUGUCUCAGCCCAGAAAGGAGCAGAACAUGGAAUAAAUGGCAUUUGCCUACCCUAGAAGGGCUUGCAAGAUCCAAAAUCUGUAUAUGACUUGAGUUCCUUUGUUUUACUGCGAUCGUUUUGUCCCAAAUUUUAGCUCUGUUUUGACCAAUUGGUAUUCAAAAAUCUUUCUGCA